GUUAUUUGUGCGGCCGUGAGGAGAAGACGCGGGAGGAGGCACACAGGAUUUAUUCAGUUGGCCGCUUAUGUGCAAUCCAGUGUAGUGUAGGAGGCGGAGAGGGAGCAUAACCCGGUGCUUAUGUUUAUGUGUUAGUGUGUGUGUGUGUAAAGUGUUGGCUGUGAACAGAGAAAACAAUCCCGAUGCGGGAAUUGUGUGUCGAAAGAAUCGCCAUGAGCACAAGAGUUGCUUUGCCGAUGCACACGGGCUGCUGCAGUAUGUCGGAGCUACGGCGUCAGCUCCUCCCCAGCCCCCCACCUAGCCAGGACCGCACUGCCCAUGUUCGGAGAAACCUGUUUGGACCGAUAGACCGCGACGAAAACCUCAAGUUCGCGCAGGAUGAGAUGAACAAGGUAUCGCAGGCCAGCUGCAAGCGGUGGAACUUUGAUUUCGAGGCCGAGAAGCCGAAAGAAGGCCGCUACAACUGGGAGCCUGUUGGUGAAGCCGUGCCACAGGCCUAUGAAAUGCCUAGACUCACUGCUCUCACCACACACGCCACAACCACACCUCACACCACCAUAGCCGCACCCAAACCUGUGCAUAAAACUGUACCUGAGUGUUCAAGCUCAACUAAGAGCGAACAGCAACCCUCCACGUCGAGCACGCCCGUCACGGGGCCCGACACACCCACGCCCACCACAACCAGCACAUCCAUAUCAACUGCCAAACUGUCCACUCCCGCUGGAAGCAGUAAAGCAUCGCCAGCCAGCCAGAGCAUACGGAAAGCAGUAAAGCUCGACAGAAGAGAAAGCAGCAGGAAGAAAACUAUAGCCACGACGAGAAUUACAAGGAAAACUGCCCAGCCUCCAGUAACAG